GACCCCAAAACCUCCCCCUCCUCUUACACCCCACAGCCAGCAUCACCCUGGACCCCGACACCGCUCACCCUGACCUCGUCCUCUCCGAAGACAGAAAGAGUGUGAAACGUGGGGCAGGACAGCAGGACCUUCCCGAUAACCCCGAAAGAUUCGCCUACUGGCCCUUUGUUUUGGGCCACCAAAGCUUCUCCUCCGGCCGGCACAGCUGGGAGGUGGAAGUGGGGGAUGAAGGGGACUGGGCCAUCGGCGUGGCCCGAGAAUCCAUCCCACGAAAGGGUCAACUCAGCCUAUGUCCCAAAGGGGGGAUUUGGGGGGUGGAGAAAUGGGGGGGACAGAUCCGGGCUCUCACCACCCACAAGGUGACCCUGUUAGCUCUGCGCUGGGUGCCCAGGAGGGUCAGCAUCCACCUGGACUACGAGAGCGGUCAGGUGGCAUUUUUUGAUGCUGAUAAGAGGGCUCUGAUCUUCAUUUUCCCAUCGGCGUCAUUCAAAGGGGAGAGCAUUCACCCCUGGUUCCUGGUGUGGGGUGAGGGCUCUCAGAUCACGUUGUGUCCCUGAAUAUCUCCUGUACCCAAACACCAACAUUACGUCCCCAACAUUCCUAUCCCAGCACUCUGGGGGGCUCCGACUGAACUCCUCGUUGGG